AUGAGCUCCUGGUGUGUGUCCUGUAGCAGGCCUGGAGUGGAUCCUGUGGUGUUUUGGGUGGUGUGUAAUGGUUGUGUUCUGACCCCCCGCCCGCCCCGUGCCCCUUGCCCAGUGUAUAUCGCUGAUGAAUGGGAGAUUCCCAGAGAGACCAUCACCAUCAUCAAGGAGCUGGGCCAGGGUUCCUUCGGGAUGGUCUAUGAAGGGAUAGCAAAGCUAGCUGGAGACACUGAGACACAGACCCGGGUUGCUCUGAAGACGGUGAAUGAGGCGGCUAGUCGGCGCGAGAGGAUCGAGUUCCUCAAGGAGGCCUCUGUCAUGAAAGCCUUCGACUGUUACCAUGUGGUGCGGUUGCUGGGGGUGGUGUCGAAAGGACAGCCCACUCUGGUCGUCAUGGAGCUGAUGGCCCGAGGAGACCUGAAGAGUCACCUUCGCUCCAUCAGGCUCAGCUCCGAG